AAAUAUGUUGCAAGUAGCCGAGCAGGAAGUAAGAACACGUUAGGGAGUGAAUUUGCCAACCUUUGGACUGUAAAGACUACAGUGGUGUUGUAAAACGAUGUUUAUUUAGCUCCUAAAAUGCUCCGCCGACCGUUUGUCCCCUCUUGACUUUAUCCUGGCUACCAAUCGUUGCUAACCACGCUCCGACGUCACAGUCCUGACAGUGUUUGGCUGUCGUGGUCUGGGAGUGACUGAAGAGUGUGUUUCUGACCGCUCUGAUAAGAUUACACUGUACGUUUAACACACUUAUAUCACAAUACAGCAGCAUGCCCGUGGGUAGGAUUUACUGGAAACUCUAGGUGUGUAGUCCAGCAGAGCAACAUUAUUCUGUUCAUAUUUGGCUGAGGACUCGAAGGCUAAGUGAGAGAACAUGUUGCUGCCUAUGCUUGGAAUGACCGCCCUGCCGCACCUGGGUGGGCUCUAUGGCGGUUACAUCACACGAAAAGAGGUGAAGACCUGGUACCCAACCCUGCAGAAACCCUCAUGGCGACCACCCAAUGCAGCGUUUCCUGUAGUGUGGACCUGUCUGUAUACAGGCAUGGGGUAUGGUUCGUACCUGGUGUGGAGAGAGCUGGGAGGUUUUACUGAAGAUGCAGUGGUUCCUCUGGGACUUUAUGGGCUCCAGCUAGCUCUGAACUGGGCCUGGACUCCUAUCUUCUUUGGUGCACACAAGCUGAAAUGGGCUUUCUUUGAGAUUGUGCUUCUCACGGGGACUGUUGGAGCCACCAUUGCUUCUUGGUAUCCCAUCAGCCGCACAGCCGCACUGCUGAUGACACCCUACCUGGCAUGGCUGUGCCUCGCCACUUCUCUCAACUAUUGCAUCUGGAGAGACAACCCUGAGAAAAAAGAAGAGUAGCAGACCGAUCUCUGUGCGUCCAACAAAUCCACUGAAAUAAUAUCCCACUGUUAUCUGUUAAGGUUCAAACCACAAUACUAGCUAAUCAGUAUCUGAUAAUAUGAUGACGAAUGAGAAAAUAUAUUUUUAACUGCUUAUCAAUUGAGACCUUUUUACCUACAGCCUUCCACACCACAUCUGAGGGGUAUAUCAUGAAGCAAGCUCAGUAUACCCAGGCUAGCAGACCCAACCAAGCUUUCAUUUUCAGUUCAAGAUCAGUCUCAUGAGGCUGGUUAAAACUUUCUCUGUUAACUUUCUGCUUUAGGCUGUGUGUGCACUUACACAAAAGGGGAUCUUUGGCAUGUCACUUGAUACUUCUUCCACACAAAAAUAACAACCACUGGCUGUCUGCUUCAGUCAGAUUAAAAUUAUGGAAGGUGGUGAUACAUAAACCUUUUGGGGUGAGAAUAUGGAAACUCCUUUGGCACUGCACAAUAUAAUUUUUUAAUCUAUAUAUUAAUUAGUUGAUUUUGCCAUCUUAGAAAUAUGUUUCUUAUUGUGUAUUUUCAGCCCAGUGGGAGCAUGACUAUUAAACCUUAUCACUGAUACAUCCCAUUUCAGCAGUAAAGUUAGGCACUGUGAUUAUAUCAAAAAGCCAUUGCAUAGCCAUAUUUAAAAAAUACGCAGAAAUACCUUUAAAAUGUGGAUAAAGUCAAAUUCAUCACUGAUAUUGAUUCAGUAUGUGAUAGAAUUCUUAUUUUCCACAGUAUAUUAAACAGAGGAUCUACAAUGCUAGCCAACAACAUUUCCAAGAAAGUGCUUUAAUUCUAAGUUCUGCAAAUAACAUGCCUGCUUUAUUGACAAGGCUUCAUUCUUACUUUAAAUUUACAUUGCUAUAGAUUUUUUUUUUUAAAUCUUCAUGCUUUUUGCUUUUUUAUACUAAAAUUGUCCUGUGUGAGCAUUAAUGAAGGAUGUUGAUUUAAUGUUACUGAAAAAUAUAUAAAAUAAAGAUUUCUAACAAACUCA